AUGUCGUCGUAUGAUAUUAGCCUAACCACAGGAGCGGCCGUUGAGAUAUCCGGCAUUUGGAAACCGUCUCCCGGUAGAGGUCAGAGCCAUGAGCUACAGACCCGUACCGUGAAAGUCGUGGGAGAAGCUGAUCCCCAGGUUCAACCACCCCUGAUUACAUCCUCGGAUUGCGAAGGCGCAGGUCAAGUAUUCAAAGUUAGCCCACGCGAAAUCGCCGCACAAGAAGAACAGAUUGAAUAUUUUCGGUCACCCAAAUACCUCACUGUUUCAUCUCAACUGCAUUUAGAAGCAUAUGCCGCGGAGCUAGGAAAUGUAUGGACCCUGUCACCUACAUUUCGUGCUGAGAAAAGUGAUACACCAAGACAUCUAAGCGAAUUUUACAUGCUUGAAGCGGAGCUCAACUUCGUGGACGAUUUGGAUAAGCUGACCUCGUUUGUUGAGUUCUUCAUUCGCAAAUUGACUCAAAGACUGCAUGAAUCGACUGUGGCGCACGAACUUCUUAACCCGAAGCGGACGGGACAAACUGGCCACGCCGAAGACGUAGACCUGGUCCAGCGCUGGAAAAGUUUGAUGUCUCCUUCCUCGUGGCCACAGAUUCAUUAUACAGAAGCCAUGUCCUGGUUGCAAGACGCACCAUCAAAGCGAGGAAAACUAAAAGCCAAAUUUAACAGCUCGCCCACCUGGGACACAGGAAUCCAGCUCGAACAUGAGAAAUAUCUCGUCAAUGCCGUGGGCAACGGCUUACCAAUAUUUAUUACUGAUUAUCCAAAACAUCUAAAACCGUUUUAUAUGCCCCCUUCAACGGGGUCUUCUGCGGAUGACCCUCGCAAAGAAACGGUGGCAUGUUUCGACCUCAUUCUGCCGGAAGUCUGCGAGGUUGUCGGAGGCUCUCUGCGUGAACAUAGGUUGGAGCAGUUGCUCCGAAAUAUGCGUGAGCGCGGGAUGCUACAAGGCCGUGCUGAUGAAACUCCUGCUUCCCCCGAGAUGACAUAUCCGUACCUGGAACCGAAUGAAGACCUAGGUACACUACAGUGGUACGCUGAUCUACGACGAUGGGGUAGCGCGCCGCAUGGAGGAUUUGGGCUUGGAUUUGAUAGGCUGUUGAGUUAUUUAGCGGGCGUGCCGAGUGUUCGAGAUGUUGUCCCGUUUCCAAGAUACUUUGGGAGAGCGGACUGUUAG